GUCCUUAUCGAGAAUGCUCUCGAGCUCGCAGCACGAGGGUUUCCGCUCAGUCCGCGGCUACUUCGCGAGCAUGCAAACCAGAUUCUAAAGGCACGCUUAGGAGAUGAGUUUCUAGAAAUGAGCGUAGGAGUUCAGUGGCCUUACCGUUUCAUCGAGAAGAAUGAUGAUUGCCUCCGCAUGUGCUGGUCUCGCUCAUUG